UGCUAGAAAAUAAUGAGGAAGAAAACUAUAGGACCAAUAUGGCCUACUCUUUUGAUAACAGAGUCGGCACCAUCCAGCAGAUGCAGCCUCCUUCGAGACAUGAGAGGAAGAGCCGCAGCUUGAUUAGACUUAUCAAGUGUAAGAAAGAACCUAUCUUUGAGGAGUACGAAUCACAGAAUUUCAUACAUAAGAACUUUUCGAAGAGAAAAAGACAGUCUGAAAGUCUGCACACUAGUCCUGAAAGAGGCAUUGUCUUUAGUAAACCAGGUUCUAGGAUCAAUCUCAGUGCAAUGAAUAGUGACAAAAUAAUCAACUUCCCUAUGAUUAAGUUUACUGCAGUUCGGCACGGUGAGUUGAAACCUUUAGAGAAGAGAGAGCAAAGAUUCCAGGUUCAUCAUAAAAGAGGAUUUACAUCUGGAAAUCCUCUUCCUAGUACAACAGAAUGAAGCACUUAUGAGAAGAAGUUUAAACAUCCUCGGAUUUGCUUCAGCAACAGGAGACCUGAUAAGAAGCUGAAGGCUUUUUGAUUAACACAGAAGAAAUCCGAAAGUAGUAAGAUUUCGCUUAUAAAAAUGGAUAACAAAAACAUUGCACUAAAGAAAAAGUUGGCCGAAGAAACUCUAUUCAGGGACUCAAUCAGAGACAAAUUUGCUCCAAUAAGACAUCCCAAGGUCAAGCUCAUCCCUAUUAUCAAAAAUUUCGGAAAUAUUCCUGCCCAAAUGAACAUGUUCAAGAAGGAAACAUUGAGUGAAGCCACUACACUGGCCAAAUAUUGAAACUUAAAGUUGAGCUAAUAA